AUGCAUCGUUAUCAUCCAAAGUUCAUCUAUAGUCCAUGGGGUCGAAAAGAGUUGGACAUGACUGAGCAACUAACACACACCUUGGUGCUGAACAUUCUACUGGUUUGUUGUCCACUUCUCCUCCUGCCUUCAAUCUUUCCCAGCAUCAGGGUCUUUUCAAGUGAGUCAGUUCUAUGCAUCACGUGGCCAAAGUAUAGGAGUUUCAGCUUCAGCAUCAGUCCUUCCAAUGAAUAUUCAGGACUGAUUUCCUUUAGGAUGAACUGGUUGGAUCUCCUUGCAGUCCAAGGGACUCUCAAGAGUCUUCUCCAUUACCACAGUUCCAAAGCAUCAAUUCUUUUGUGCUCAGCCUUCUUUAUAGUCCAACUCUCACAUCCAUACAUGACCACUGGAAAAACCAUAGCCUUGACUAGAUGGACCUUUGUUGGCAAAGUAAUAUCUCUGCUUUUUAAUAUGCUGUCUAGGUUGGUCAUAACUUUCCUUCCAAGGAGUAAGGGUCUUUUAAUUUCAAGGCUGCAAUCACCAUCUGCAGUGAUUUUGGAGCCCAGAAAAAUAAAGUCAGCCACUAUUAUUAUUCACUUUCUUAUUAUUGUUAUGAGUUAUGUGGACCAUUUGGAUAAUGGUCCACUAUCAAAUAUGUCUUUUUCAAAUAAUUUCUCCCAGUCUGUGGCUUGUAUUUUCAUUCUCUUGAGCAAGUACUCUUAUACUAUUUUGGUGGGAAGUAGUUUUUUAGACAACAUGGAGCAAAAUGAAAAACACGUAUCUUUUAACCUUGCAAUUUUGUUUCUAAAAAUAUUUGAGAAACAUGACCAAAAAGAUAGGUAUAUAAAUGUUUAUUGCAACAUUAUUUGUCUUUCAGAAACAGAAACCACAUGGAAGCAACAGUGUGUUCCCUAA